AUGAAGACCGUGUCAAUUUCCGCUCUCGUCCUGGCGACUGCCACAGCUGCACCCAGCCCUAAGGUGCCCGCCCUAAAGCCCCUGCAACUUACAAAUCUCAACGCAGCCAUUCCCAGCACGAGCCUCCCACAAACCUGCCUCCUCUCUUUUGCAGUCAAAGAUCCGAACAAUGACACAGACACCAAAUGCUCUGCUUACUGGUCAAUUGGAAUGGCUGGAAACAAGACCUACAACUGCUCCGACGAGGCAUACCAGCUCAACCUCCCAAAUGGAAUCUAUGAUAUUGAAAAGUUCGAUUUGGGAGUCUCCCGCGCAGACGGCUCUCUGACUGGGCGGUCAACUGUGAGUGGCGACUUGUGGAGAUGCGAGAAGCAGGAGGACCCUAAGGCUCGGUGCGAGUGGGAUGGUAUUUUCAGUCUCGAUGUGGCCCCGUCUACUUGA